UAAUUUUUAAUCAUUUGUAGAAUUUCUUUAUUCACUCUUAUUUCUUACAAGGUUUGAGAAGCAAUACACAGUCUGUGCUCUUUGUUAAGCUUGACACUGAAAUUAGACCUCACGAUUCCAGUUUCUCUGUUUCAGAGCGUGUUUCUGAUUGGUGUUCGUCUGGAAAAAUCUGUUCCCUCAAAAACUCUGUCCUCUGUUCCUGAGGCAUGCGACGCAGCAUGGGCUCAAUCACCUGGAGAAGAGGAUGAAAACAUAUAUCAAUAUCGAGGAUCCUUAUUGAUGACAAUCUAAAGAAACUAGCAAUUAAAUGCCAGCAAGUUUAAAUUUCCAUCUUUGUCAAGUAUUAGGAUGCUUGAUAAAAUGUUAACAAAAACAAUUUAAUCGUCUCAAACGUCAUGAAGGCAAUAUUUACUUCAAAAUAAGACAACAAAAUAUCAAAUUUGAGGUCAAAUAUAUGAAAACUAAACACCCAUUUUAAAUGUGAUGCUCAUUUGAAAAUCUUCCAAAUUUCUUUUAUGAAUGAAUAGAUACUAGAGUUGAAUUGUUCAACACCUUAAGUGCAUUAACAAAGAUUUAAAUAUGAAACAUAUACUAGAUUCUCAGAAGAUGACAAGUCUCACCAAAACAGGGUCAUAUCCCAGAAUCCUCAGAUGGCGGAUCUUGGUAGCCAGGAGACCACGUGGAUGAGAGGUACCGAAGCAGAAACUAGAGGAUGUUGCGCCAAAUACUGCAACUCUAGAGAUAAAGAGGAGAGUUUCUCUGCUUUAGAAAGGCGAACAUUUGAAUUUAGAUCUAGGUCUGAUGAUAUGAAAGUGAGGGUUUGGUUAAAAUGUCAGAGAUAAAACAAUGUGAAACCUGACUUUGUCUCUUUGCAGAUCCUGAGCUUGAGAUUUUAACACUGUUUAUGAAGUUAGUUUUUUCUUAUCAGUUCAUGCAACGCCUGUUCUUCUUUCUCAUGCGUAAUGAUACGACUGGUUAGAUUAGCUUGGAAAGAUGCAUCAGAUGACGCAGUAGAAAAAUUGCUGCAUAUCAAAUCUGGUAUUUUCUUAUUUCGUUGAUGACAAAGUGAGUUUUGAAUCAUCGCGAAGACUGAAAAUAAGCAAAUAUGCAAAACAUAAAAGGUUCAUAAAUGUUACAAAAAGGAGAACGUUUUUGUUUUUGAGUUUAAGUUGAUCCUCCAUGAAAUCACAACCUGCAAACAUCCUCUCCACCUGCUUUUACAUACGUCAACAUUGCAUGAGCACAUAUGAUUGAAAACAAAACAUGACAGCGACAUAACACCUCGCAUUUGAGCAAGACAGCUGUGGUGAUGAUAUCUGCUGCAUGCUGAUACUGAAACUUUACCUCCGACUGCUCUCUGCUGGAGAACCUUCCUCUCCUGCAGGACUGGCGGCCUCGGCUGCAGGCGGCCUCACUUUGGUUAUCACACCAUCUGAGAGGCAGCACGCACAAACACAGACAGUUAUUACCACAGCGUGGAAACGAGCCUGAAUUUGAUUUCAAACCAUUUCUCAGAACUGAAAAACAAAUUGCAGGGAUGAGAGUUGACACUAAUCAGGAAUGUAUAAAAAAUCUGUAAUUUUUUGGACAUCUCAAUUCAGAGAGUUCUGACUAUGGGAUCUUUUUUAAACACACUUUGGGGCAGAUACACUACAGGCCAAAAGUUUGGAAGCAAGAUCAGAUUUGUACAAAAAAAGAUCAUAGUUUCAUAUAUAUAAACUUUCGGCCUGUAAUUGCCUUGCUUCCAAACUUUUGGCCUGUAGUGUAUAUGUAAAGAAGAUUUACUUCAGCCUCUAACUUGAAUUCUCUAACUCUAAGUAUCUGUCUUACCGAUCACAUAGAAGUUCUCCUCCACCACAGCUUGCUGUAGCAGCCUGUCCUCCUGAUCCCCAAACAUUUCCUGCAGCAAUUGUGAGAGCACUGGGUUUUCAGAUGAACUAAUGACGGAGGAGUCCUCCUGGUCAGAUGAGGGCACAGUCAGAGGCUGAGGGAGCGGAGGGCGGUCAAGACGGAGGCACAUGUCCACUAACCGAAGCUUCAUGUCCUGGUGCCUGAGCGAUUUUGGCGCUGAGAGGAAAAAAAGAAGCAGUUAGAAGCAGCAGAUAAAAAAGGUACAAAAGAGGAUUAGGGUCACAAGGGAGAAACAUUUCGAGAUUAAAUUCGAAAUUUUAAAGUCUUAAGUCAUGUGGCUCUAAUUCUCUUUCGUAAAAAAAAAAAAAAAGAGAUGAAUGACGUGAUGAAAAAUGAGAUAGUCUUACUUGUGGUCUUCAACUGCUCCAGUGUGCUCUCCUGCAGGAGCAGCUCCAGCGGUGCGGGGGGAAAGUGGUUCAGUUGACACAAAGAAUAAACACACUUCAACAGCUCAGGUUUGGACAUGUUGGGGAGAUACGACUCAAGGACGCGAGUGACGCUGUCCAGAAACCUGCAACAUGAAGCCAAGAUUAGCCGGCUAUUUGAAGAUGAUCAGAAAAUUACGAUUUAACGAAGAACUGAUGUUUCUCCUGCACCAAUUCUGUUGAGUCUUUGAUGAUAUUUUUCUGUAAACAAACUUUCCACAGCUCUUCAAAAAGCUUAUCCAGAACAGCUUUUGCUUUUUUAAGCCGUGACACAUCUACUGACCUAAAUUUAGGGUAUAUUUGUAAAUUUAUUAAAGUUUGCUUCUCCAAAGUAAGGUGUGAAUAAAGAUCAUACAUUUAUCUGUUCAAAGACUCGAGUCUCUUCACGAGUAAAAUCAUAAUAGACAUAGGCGUGACCUACUGCUGUCUCCGAUGCUGCAGAUCAUAAUUCAGAGACGAGUACACCUUGAGGACACAGACGAGGUGCCUCAGUGUCAGAGAAUCUGGAUCCGCGAUCACUUUCUCCGCGAAAGCCUCCAUUAACGCAUCAGGACUGAAGUUGAACUUCUCAAAUACUGACAGAAAAAGGACCACCUGAAUGGAGCAACAGAAAAGACAUCAGAAAAAUGUGGACAAACACUUUUUUUUUUUUAAAGCACUUAAUGUUGAAACUGUUGCAGCACCUGUUUGUUUGUAAAGAUGUCAAUCACAGAUGCCAGGUGGUCUGAAAUGUCAGUGAACAGACCAAAGUCUCUGUAUGAGAGAUCCUUGUAGGCCAUAAGAACCGCCACAAGUCUGUUGAAUGGGAUGCCAUGAAGGUUUUCUACAAAAGAGGGACGAAAUAACAUGAAAGCAGAUCGAUUCAAGAUUUAAAAAAAAAAACUUUUAAGGGUGGAUUAUUAAGUGUCUGUCUCCUGCUCUGUGCGCACAAAUCUUUCAACUGUCUUCAAAAGGACUUCGAGGUCUUACCUCGGACCUUCUUGGAACAGAUCUCCAGCAGAGGUCUGGAGUGGAGCUCCAUUGUGGCCAUAUUGCAGAUCAUGUGUUGACAGUUGAUGGGGUUGAACUGGUCUAUCAUCGAAAGAGCCUUAACCUGGAGGAGGGAUUGGAAUAUAACAGGUUAGAGAUACAGCAAAGUCUGAACCACGAGUUCAAGAAACUUCGAGUUACAAAGAGAUAAAGCACAAAGUAGACCAGUGCCAGGAGCUCAUCCUGAUGUCUGGACUCAGAUCCACCUUCAAUCUAGGGCUGGGCGAUAUGGGAAAAAGUAUAAGUCGACAUCGAUAUAUAUCACGAUAUAAAAAACGGAGAUUUAACAGUGCUUUUUGUUUCUAUUAUUAUUAUUAUGAUUGGUUCAGCACAGUGCUACCUGGAACAACUCCCUUUUUCACUGGCUAUCCGUAUAGUCUACCAAAAUAUGGCAGAAUGCAGACUAUCGAAAAGUAUAUUGACCAUGUUUUAUAUUGAUAUUGAGGGAAAUUAAUUUUUGAUACAUAUCGUUUUAUCGCCCAGCCCUACUUCAAUCCACUGGCUAAUGUCAUUUGUAUAUACAGGUACAUAAGUAUUCUAUAUUUAGAUGGUUUGUUUUUCUGUCUUUUGAGAUAAAUGUUGAACAUAAUUCGGUCACCAACCUCUAGUUUACGUCUGAAGGCCGGAGGGGCGUCCUUCCCCAGAACACGCAUCAUGGUUUGGAAAGCAAACACAUCCUUAAUCUCAGGGAGUCUGAUUUCGAAUACCAACCUUAAAAAGACCCCAAACUUUAGAUUGACAAUCUGAAAAAACUGCAGCGAAAUCUACAAAGUAAUGCAAAGUAUUUCUGAAGCUUAAAGGUUUGAUUUUUCUGAACCAGUGUCCCCAAAUCCUGACCUCACGCCGUCCCUCAGCGAAGAAACAUUCGGGCUAUCCUUCAGAUGUUCCAAACAGGUGGCCAAGACGGACAGCGCCCUCUCAUCAAAGUCAUUCAGCGUCUCCUGUUAGGGAACAAUAAAGCACAUGAAAACAAACAAGAGAACAAAAAUCCAGGUUUGCUCACUGGAGAAAAAAAAAAACGUUUCCACUGACCUGGCAGCAUCGAAGGAGGGUCUGGAUAACUCGGCUUUGCUGGGGGACUCCCAAUUUGAGCAUACUUAAAAGACUAAGACCCAAAUCCCGACUGCGCAUAUAUCCUGCGCUCCUCAUGACCUUUUGCAGCAGCGGCUCAAACCCUGGAUGCUCAAACGCCAGCUGCAGCUCGUAGUUCCGCUGCUCCUCUGUCAUCUUCUUAGUGCUGGACCACAUGCAGACAAGACAGCUACUGACGUGUCGGAAUGUGACUGCGUGCUGAAUGCUGAAGUCUAACACAUCUACCGGGGAGGUGCAUUGGUGCAGGGACUCCAGGAAAUACUUUGUCUGAAGGCUCCUUGAAGUUUGAUCAUCACCUGCUUGUACCUCAGCAGGAGGCAAAGAGGAGGGAUGCUCUUCACUGUCAGUCCUUUCCUGGGAGUAAAACCUCACUGAGCUGACAGCACUCCCCUUCAAACUAAGAUUGUGUGCCAGCUUUUUAACAGGGAAAACUCUGUCCUUCAGGGGUGCUUUCAUGAGAAUGCUGCACGGUUGGCACAGAGACCUGGGACUGGAGAAACGGAUCCCCAGCCUCACGAGUUCUGCUGUCCUCCACAUUAUAGAACUUAAAUAACACAAUCUAAGGUCCUUAAUUUGACAACUUCAUGAUUACACAGGGAAGUUAUAACUGUUGGAAAACACUGUAACACUUGUAUUUACUUCCUGUUAGCAUACAGUGCGUUAUCAACACAUAUCACAGGUAAUACUCCUUCAUUGGCAGCAAGGUCAACAGCCUCAUGAGUGAACGCCAGCUAACACACACAAGCUUAAGGCCGGUCUCUUCCUUUACGACUUUACCUUAAAAAACAUCCAAAUGAGUCUCUCGAGGUAAUACCGAGCACUUCCUCAACUAUUCCGCAAGACAAAAAGUAAUAUCCACAGAGUCACAUUACACACAAAAACAUGUAAAGUACAGUCUGUAUCGGCUAACGUGACUAGCACACGUUCCUUCCAGUGCUGUCCACCCUCAUAUUUGCUUCCCCUGUCAACCCGGUAGGAGAACCUCGCGACGCCAAAGAAUGACAAUUAUUACAUCCCAGUUACAUAAAAAAACCACAAAAGUAAAUAAAUUUUAAUAGAAACAACAAGUGACUGUUUGAAAUGACUGUCCCCCUGUUUGUGUCAAAAGUCCUAGAAUUUUUCGUUGACGUUAUUCCCUAACACGGACUCAUUUGAGUGCAACACUCCGUGUUACCUAGCAACAAACGCCAGGCAAAGAAUGGCCAAGUUUGUGAUUGCCGGUCAGUUUCUCUUUCCUUUUUUUUUACUGAAUGCAAAUUAAAAUUGAUUAAAAUUCAGUUUAACGUGAAACAUUACUUUAAUUUUAGGUAAAUCUGACUGUCCACAUUAUGCUAAAGCGGAGUUAUUGGCGGACCAGCUGCAGCAAUGUCUGCCAAACUUCACUGUACAUAAGAUAACUGUCCUCCCGGAUCAAUGGAAGGUGGUGUUUUUGAUUUUAAAGUAGUAUAGAUACUUUAAUUUGACAUAUUAUUGUUUUUAAAAAAUUUGUGUGACUUAUAUGUUGUAGGAAUGGCUGGAGGACACCUGCAAAAGAAACUGCUGGAAGCAUGACGAGUCCCCUUUGGUUUGGAGGGAGCUGGUCUACCAAGGGGGGAAAGGGAUGCUUUUAGGGGGCCUCUCUGACUUCCUGGAGCACUGUCAGGUAAUAUCUUGUCUUUGUAGUGUAUUCAAUUGAGUGUAGGAUUUGCAAAUCAUUGUAUUCUGUUUUUAUUUACGUUUAUCACAAUUUCCCAACUUCAAUGGAAUUGGGUUUUGUAGAAGUCAACACAUUUUCAACAUAAAUACCUCUAAAUAUCCAAACCUGAUGCAUUCUUUACUCAAUGCAUGUGCAGGACUACUACAAGGUCACAUCAGACAUGCUUACAGAUAUGAUGUUAAGUGUUGCUGCAGAGAAUCAUGAAACCAAGAUGAGCCUUAUUGCGGAGGAGCAGCAUCGUGUCAGUCUCAUCAAACCUCUUCACAUAUGGAUCAGCAGGUGGGUUAGCACAAAAAAAGCCAAAGAGACAAUAAUUAUUAUAAAGUAAAACUUCCAUAUAUUCCAGAUUCUUCUCAUACAAAGGAAAUGCUGCAAAUAUUGUCAACUUUAUUAGCUGCAUCUUUAAUAGUGUAAAUAUUUAAAGUAUUAUCUGUUUUUCAUGCUUCCCCAGCGCCCUCAGCCAGACCUGCCACCUCCUGAUUCCCAAUCUGCUCUCUGCUGAGAUGUUCCCACAUGUUUCUGCAGUCUGCCUCCACCUGCUGGACCUGGAGGGGGAUAGAGAGGAGCUUCAAGAGCUAAAAAUGCAAACAGAAGACCUGGCGCUCCCUCUGCUUCAUCAAGUAAAGUCUUACUUCAAGUGCUUUUAACCAUAUCAGAUUCAAAAUAAAGAUUUAUAUUUGUAUUUUUACAGGUGAAAAUUCACACAGAUCUAGAAGAGGCGUUUAAAGGCGCGGAAAUCAUCCUACUCCUGGGUGAAUCUGAUGUCGAUGAUGCAGAAAGUGAGAAGUUCAAAGAGAUGUCAGACAGGUACAGGGAGUAUGGGCAGCUCAUAGAAACGUGGGCUAACAAGGAGGUGAAGGUGAUUGUGUCGGGUGACUCGUUCGUCAACUUGAGAUGCUCGCUCCUUUUGGAGAAGGCAUGCUCCAUCGACAGCAGCCAGUUUGUCGCCGUAGCAACUCAGCUGGAGAAUAAAGCCAGGUCGGUCAUUGCGGAGAAGCUGAAAGUAAAGUCAAAAGGUAGGAGACUUAAUCGUCCUGUUUGUAUUUCAGCACGGUCACUUUUUAGUUAUGAUUUAUAGGCUCUUCUUGUCCCUUUGUUGCAGAUGUAACUGAUGUCCUCGUGUGGGGGAACAUCAGUGGUAGUUUCUACAUUGAUCUGCAGAGGGCAAAAGUUUUCAAUCACGCUGGGGCGAUCAGAGGACCAGCUUUCUUCUCACAACCAGUGCUGAAGAUACUCCAGGAAAGGUUUGAUGGAAUAAAAAACAUACACAAUUUAAAUAUCCAAGAAGACUUAUAUCUAUAUGUAUGAUUCAUGGCAUCUUAUUGGAGCUGUUUUUAUUGAAUACAGUGUGCUUUUAGUGAGAUACUUAAAUGUCAAGGCGGUGGACAAAGUAAAUUUCCUUAAAUCUCCUUAAAUAAAGAUUAAGUCGAGAUACUCCUGCUCAAAUAUUGCUUGGCACUGUAUAUCGUCCACAGCUUACUAGUUCUGUAAAUAUCAACACCUGUACUGGUGAUAGAAGACCCUUACUGGUAGAUCUCUACUUAGAUAACCACGUAUUCUAGAUUUUAAAGUGCCUAGAAGGGCAUAUGUAAAUGUCUCUAAAUGCUGCCGGUCUCUGGCAGCUACCAAACAGAAUUUCCUUUCUUUCAAACUUUAUUUCAUUCAGUUAAUAUUUAAAACAUUCAACACAAACAAGAAACAUGUGAAUGAAAAGGAGCAGAAAGAAGAAAAAUCAGUACACUUAUUACCAGGUAAUUAACAGGUAAUUACCUAGUAACAACAUGAAAUUAUCUGGUAGUUACAUGAUAACUACUAAGUCAAUACUGUCUAGCUACCAGGUAGGUAACCUUCCAGUAGUUAUUAUGUAAUUACCAGAUAAUUUCAUGUAAUUACCAGCUAAUCUCCUGUUGUUACUAGGUAAUUACCUGUUAAUUACCUGGUAAUAAGUGUACUAUAAAAGAAAGGGUUACUGAAAAUCUCAGUCUGCUCCUCUUUCAUAAGAUAUUAAUCAACUAAACACAUAAUAAAAAAUAAACAAAUCGGCUCUGGAUGUUGACUGGUAAAAUUUUCUUAUGAGCUUCAUAAAUAAUCUGCAACAUACUGAGAUCUACUAACUCACUAAAUCUCAACAAAUAAUUUUGUUGUUUGACUUCAAGUCUCACAUCAAGCCCCUUUAAAUAUACAACUUUUUUAAUCCCAGUAUUUUUAUUUUAUAUUUUCUUUGUCCAGAUAGCAAAAGCCCCUUGUGUAAUAUUCUACAAAUUCAAUAGUAUUCAAAGCUCUGCAUGUCUUCUACUCAGUGUUUGACACGUGUUUGAAUAACCUGCUGCUGUGGUUAAAGAGUCCUGGUUCAGGAGUAAAGUCCUUCUGCUCCAUCUGUUUCAAAAACCAGAUAAGCAGCUCUAGCAGUCUGAUUUUGUUCCUGACAUUAUCCCAUCACACAAUAUGAUAAAGUUUGACACUCACGUCGUCUGCUUAACCCUGCCCUGCUCUGACUUUAGUGUUGAUUGCACAAUAAGCUGACCCAGCAGCGUCGACCUCUCUGAUCAAAAAUAUCCCUUCCUGGAAUAUGCCAGAAAAAGAGAAUAAUCUCCUUAUUUCUUCCAGGAAAUGGGUGGAAACAGACUUGCAGGACUUGGUGCGCCGUCAUCGAACAGCUGUGGCUUCAAAAACUUGCCGGGCAGCAGCCAUGGGGGACGCCAACGGGAUCCUCUCUAUCCUCAAGGCCCUGAACGGGAACUGUAGAGCAGAUGAGGUCUUCUCUUUGGGAGUGCUCUGUCCGGGUAAAAACACAGCUGAGCUUUAACAGGCACUUUCACACCAGGGGGGCUGGCUAAGGAGAAACUGACCCACAAAAAGCAAACCAGACCAUCACUGAAAAGAGUGUUUUUAUGAACGUAUUAUCGAGGUCUGGAACUGCUGCCACAGGGUCAGCACUAUGUCGUCGUCGUUUUCUUCUGCUUCAUCCGGGUCUGGGUCACGGGGGCAGCAGCUUCAGGAGGGAAGCUCAGACGGCCCUCACCCCAGCCACUUCCACCAGCUCCUCUGGGGGGAUUCCCAGGCGCUCCCAGGCCAGGCGAGAGAUAUAAUCCCUCCACCUGGUCUUGGGUCGGCCACGAGGUCUCCUCCAGGUAGGACAUGUCUGGAACACCUUUAACCGGAGGUGUCCAGAAGGCAUCCUAACCAGAUGCCAAGCCACCUCAGCUGACUCCUCUCAACGUGGAGGAGCAGCGGUUCUACUCUGAGCUUCUUACCCUAUCUCUAAGGCUGAGUCUGGCCACCCUGCGAAGGAAACCCAUUUCGGACGCUUGUAUCCUCAAUCUUGUUCUUUCGGUCAUUACCCAAAGUUCAUAGCCAUAGGUGAGGAUCGGCACGUAGAUCGACCGGUAAAUCAAGAGUUUCGCCCUAUGGCUCAGCUCUUUCUUCACCACGACUGAUCGGUUAAGCGUCCGCAUCACUGCUGACGCCGCUCCGAUCCGCCUGCCAAUCUCCCGCUCCGUCCUACCCCCACUCGUGAACAAGAUCCCGAGAUACUUGAACUCCUCCACUUGAGGCAGGACCGCCCCUCCGACCUGGAGAAGGCAAUCUACCUUUUUCCAACUGAGGACCAUGGCCUCGGACUUGGAGGUGCUGAAUCGCAUCCCAGCCGCUUCACAUUUGGCCGCGAACCGCCCCAGCAAGAGCUUAAGGUCACUGCUCAACGAAGCUAGAAGCACCACAUCAUCCCAUUAAAUUUUGGUGGUGAUCCAGACAAAAUUCUGGAUACUGUGAUCCAGAACACACAAAAAUAAGGGUGUCGUUGGAAUUUGCAAUGCUGAAAGAUAACCAAUGGGUGGCACAGUGGUGUAGUGGUUAGCACUGUCGCCUCACAACCAGAAGGUCCUGGGUUUGAAUCCUGGUCAGGGCAUUUCUCGUUUAAGGGGGACAUGAGCUGCUUGGCGGAGGUCUGCGCUCUCUGAGUGCUUUUGUAGCUAUUUAUAAAACCUUUAUUAACAUUGCUCUAAUAAAUUUAAGACUAUUUUUCUGGUGAAUUUAAUUUUUAUUUUUGCACAUUCAAGACCUUAAGAUAGCAAAAAUUAAGAUUGUACAUUUUUUUGUGCCAUCACUUUCAAAAACCUUUAAUCUUAUAUAGAAGUAAGUUUUAAAAAUGUGCAUCAUGUGGAAAAACAGGUUUACUUUACUUAAUUUUAUUCACCUGACUUGUGUUGAUAUUUGAUUUUCUUUGCUUUCCUUCAGGCUUCUAUGGUCUCCCUGAAGGCAUCGUCCUCUCAGUUCCAGUCACAUUCAGAGACGGUAAAUGGUCCAUGUUGUUCGACGUCACUGUCGGAGACGAGUUAAAGAAGAAACUUCAGAUUUUUGCGAGUGAACUCACGCAGGUAUGUCAAGUGUCUGAUGUUUUUUGCUUCUUUGCUGUUUGACACCGUCAGGUACUUACCGAGUUGUUUUUGUCUCUUAGGAAAAAGAUCUGGGAGCGGAAAAGAAAGACAACUAAAAGGAAGAAAGUGCAAAAGAUCAUUUCAUAUCAACAAAACAGACUCAAAUAAAUUAAGUUAAAUCUGGUUGAAAAGAAAAUGCAGAUAAAUGUGGAGUUUGUUUCAGUUUGUUCUUUUAUUCUCUUACUUUCACAAGUGGAGUUGCAGUUUUAUUUACCAGUUUAAUGACAUUGAAUCGUUUUCCUGCUUUGAGAACUCAUCCAAACUUUGUAAUAGUUCUGUAGAUGUAAAAGAUCAAACUGAGUACUUUAUGGAAAAAGGAGAAAUUAGAAAAUAUAUUCCUUUUUUAAAAUUGUACAGUUCGGUAAGUGCCUUUUUUUUAUAUAGUUCAAGAAGCAAUAUUUGUAAGCGUAUAUCACACAACUACCAGACACAGACUAGUUUGUUAAUAUCCUUCAGAUGUCAUCAUCACCUGUCAGCUGUUUCUUUGACAGUCUUUUCAAACAGAGGACACUUCAGAGAACGAGUCCUCUCCUGCUCGGUUCUGGAAUAUUACACAAACUGAAUGUCAUGGGCUUUUGAAACCGGAAACAUUCAAACAGAUUUUCUCACAAAUUGUGCAGAGCUUUGUCAGUCGACAAGGAGAGCUUGAACAGAGUGCCGUUUUUUACAUGCAGAAUAUACAUGUUUCUCUUUUUUUUGCAUUUCUACACUAUACACAAGGAGGAACUGACUGAAAAAUAAAGGAAAGGUUAGUACAAAUACAAAGCACUACGACAAGUCGGGGGGAAACAGAUUCUGCAAUGCUAUGUUCAAAUUUGUACAACCCACCCCUGAGAUCUGGAUGCUGAGUGGUUUGAAAAGAAGCAAAAAAUGGCCGCGUUACAGUCGAGUACAGUUUUCAUUUAGUCAUGACAGAAGUUUGAGACUAAUCACCUGCAGGAAACCACCCGAAAAGAGAAGAAAAAUCUGCUCCAGUUAAAGUAACUCUCUUGAAAACUGACCUCAAAUAUUGAUCAUGGCAGAUACAUGCGUGAUGCGUAACAUGCGUGGACUUGUCGUGGCACAAAUGAGGUUACUCUGUAAAUUUACACGUCCCGGUGGUGACUGUACAUUUACAAAUGGAUGGUAAUGUCUCACAACAAGCCUGUUUUCCAACAAAUCUGCUGCCUAAUAAUCCAUUUAAUUUGGUAUGAGUGUACAACCCUGAUACCUAAAGAGUCAGGACGCAGUAUACAAUGUUUAUAAGGGCAGAUUUGAUGGUUUGAAAAUCUGUCAAACUCUAUUUUAAUUAAAAAAUCGUGCAAAGACAAAGUAAAAAAAUGUUGAAUGCUUUAUAAAAAAUGUAAACGCUCGUCAGAUUUUGGACAGGGGCAAAAAAACUGCAAAAAACGAGUGUAAUUUUUCAUAUCGAACAUAUGCGUGAACUUACACUGCAGAGUCAUGUCUGUUUUUAACUCGGUGAUGCAAAAGAUGUUUUUUUUUUUUUUUUAGCAAAUUAACCAAAUGCGUUGGAAGAUGUUUUUGCUGUAACUUUUUUUGAGCAUUAAACAACUUUUUCAGUGUUUUCUCAUUCUCAUUUCUAAAGCAUCAAAUUUGAUACAUUGUCUUUGCACCGUUUUCAACUAAAUAUGGGGUUUAAAUGAAUUAUAAUCUGUUUACGAACAUUUUACACAACAUCUGAACUCUUUUGGAGUUAAGGUUGAAUGAAAGGAAAUUCUAUCCACAAAUCAGAAAAAAAAAAACAAAGCAUCAAAGGGAGGAACUUUCUAUCCUGCCGCAUCAAAGUCGCCUCUGAAAUUGUUUUCCGGGUAAAGAUCUACGACUUGUCGACAUCCAACAAUGUCAAGUUUCCGUUUUCAGGCAACAAGUGAAAGACCACCAACGCUUCUGUCCUGAACUGUGACUCUAGACUUUGGAUAC